UUUGGAUGGCGUGCAAUAGGGGGCAUCUUUUGCGUUUUGGAUGAUGGUUUUUUCGUCCAAUCCAAUCUAAACGAAUACAACCCCAUCCCCAUAUAAGUAUUCAAUACCUGGGAUUUCGUUCUCGCGUGCUUUCAUCACCGAAAGUAACGGAACCAUUCACCAUAAAUCUCUAAAAUACCCUCCAACUCCUCUCUCACCAACCACUAUGUUGCAGAGACCCCGACGGCGUUGUGAGGGCACAGCGAUGGGCGCUAUUGUUCUCGAUCUCCGUCCCGGUCUCGGAAUCGGUCCUUUCUCCCUCGGGAUGCCUAUAUGUGAAGCAUUUGCUCAGAUAGAGCAUCAACCUAAUUUAUAUGAUGUGGUGCACGUGAAGUAUUUUGAUGAGGAGCCCCUGAAGUUGGAUAUUGUUAUUAGCUUUCCCGAUCAUGGUUUUCAUCUUCGUUUUGAUCCCUGGUCUCAGAGACUGCGUCUUAUUGAAAUAUUUGAUGUAAAGCGGCUUCAAAUGCGCUACUCUACUUCUUUGAUUGGGGGACCAACAACUCUAGCUACUUUUGUUGCUGUAUAUGCACUGUUUGGGCCCACAUACCCUGGAAUUUUCGAUAAGGAUAGAGGCAUUUACACUCUGUUUUACCCGGGGCUUUCCUUUGCAUUUCCUAUUCCGAGUCAGUUCACAGACUGCUGUCAUGAUGGGGGAGUGGAAUUGCCGUUGGAGUUUCCAGAUGGGACAACACCAGUUACAUGCCGUGUUUCUAUAUAUGAUAGUUCCUCUGGUAAGAAGGUUGGUGUGGGGUCCUUAAUGGAUAAGGCUUCUGCUCCUCCAUUACCUACUGGCAGCAUUUACAUGGAAGAGGUUCACGUUAAGCUGGGGGAAGAACUGUACUUCACUGUUGGCUCCCAACACAUUCCUUUUGGUGCAUCUCCACAGGAUGUGUGGACUGAGCUAGGACGUCCCUGUGGUAUUCAUCAAAAGCAGGUAGAUCAAAUGGUUAUACAUUCUGCCUCUGAUCUUCGCCCAAGAACAACUAUCUGCGGAGAUUACUUUUAUAAUUAUUUUACUCGUGGUCUUGACAUCUUAUUUGAUGGGCAGACUCACAAAAUCAAGAAGUUUGUGUUACACACUAAUUACCCCGGUCAUGCUGAUUUUAAUUCAUACAUUAAGUGCAACUUUGUUAUCUAUUGCUCAGAUGCUAUUGGAGGAUCUUUUAAGGAUGUAAAUAACAGCAAACAGAGGGUCAUUACACCUAGCACAAAGUGGGAACAAGUAAAGGAAAUACUUGGAGAUUGUGGCCGAGCUGCCAUUCAGACACAAGGUUCUGCAAGUAACCCAUUUGGUUCUACUCUUGUAUAUGGUUAUCAAAAUAUUGCUUUUGAGCAGGUGAUGAAGAAUGGAUAUAUUGCAACAAUAACUCUCUUCCAGUCAUGAUGAUGUCUUGCAGGCGAUAAGACUUAUUGUUCCAAGGUUUGUGAAGCGUGGUCGCGGAUCUUCACAAGGAGUAGCAGGCUUUGUACGUUCUGUGUAUAAAUCAUUAUCGUGUCAAUGGGCUGUGACAAAUUUGUACAGCUAUUUAACGCAUUGUACAUAUAAACCCUCUUAUGUAAUUAUCUAAUAUAUUGACUUGCAGAAAGCUAACGCAAUAAAUUCGCAAUGCUUUUAACUUUCUGAUAA